UCAUCAAAUGUCAAUUUAGCGAUGAGGUAACCUAAAAUUAUGUAGGAAGAAUAGAAUACAACCUAAAAUUAUAAAUAUACAUUGAAAGUCGAAACGUAAACUAAUAUAAUAAAUAAAUUUAUUUCCAAUAAGUGUUUUCGACAAAUAUACAUAUUUAAUAUGGACGUAAGUUUAAAGUCUUUGGAAGAAAGAACUCUAAAAGCUGAAAGAGAAGCAAAAGCUUUAGAAAACGAACUCGAUAAACUAGAAAGGAAUGAUCUAAGUCAUGUAAACGAUCCACGUUUGGAUAAACUGUUAACUGAAAAUGAGAAGUUAAACCAUCGUUUGGCUAUACUUGAAAACGCUAUUGAAGCUGAAAGAUCACAAGUUAAAUCAACAGAAUGCCCUACCCUUAUAACAGAUAUAAAUUCUAUAGAAGGAAGUAUAUGUGUUUUAGAUGAAUUGAAAAAAGUAUUUUCUGUGGCAGUUAGUUUAGCCUACCCUGAUCUAAUAGAACCACCUGUUGUGUUAACACAGUCCGGUAAUAACAUAAAAUUUGGUGACUAUCAAUGCAACUCAGCCAUGGCAAUUGCCCAGUUAUUGAAAACAAAUAAUAUUAAAACAAAUCCAAGACAGGUAGCAGAAAAUAUACUUAAAAACACACCUACAUCUCCUCUCAUUGAAAAAGUGGAACUGGCAGGUAUAGGAUUUAUCAAUAUAUUUUUAAAUAAAAGAUUUGUUGAACAUUUUUUGAAUUGUAUACUCAAAUUUGGAGUGAAACCCCCACCGGUAAAAAGGGAAAGGAUUGUUAUUGAUUUUUCUGCACCAAAUAUUGCCAAAGAGAUGCAUGUUGGUCAUUUAAGGUCAACUAUUAUUGGUGAAAGUAUUGCCAGAUUAUUAGAGUUUUUGAACCAUGAUGUCCUGAGAAUAAACCACCUUGGAGAUUGGGGCACUCAAUUCGGAAUGUUGAUUGCUCAUUUACAAGAUAAAUAUCCAAACUAUAAGACCCAUUCACCACCCAUCUCUGACUUGCAAGCUUUUUACAAAGAGUCGAAGAAAAGAUUUGAUGAAGAUGAAGAAUUUAAAAAAAGGGCAUACUCAUGUGUAGUACAACUUCAGUCUGGCAACCCAGAUUAUAUAUCUGCUUGGAAACUUAUAUGUGAAGUGUCUCGCUGUGAGUUCCAAAAGAUUUACGAUAGACUUAACAUUACAAUCACAGACCGUGGUGAGUCAUUUUAUCAGAGUCGGAUGGAUAUUAUUGUUAAAGAGUUGAAAGAUAAAGGUUUACUUGAAGAAGAUGAGGGCAGGCUUAUAAUGUGGAGCAAUACAGAACGAGAGGGAAUUCCUUUUACAAUAGUUAAAUCUGAUGGUGGUUACACAUAUGAUACCUCUGAUAUGGCAACAAUUAAGCAAAGAGUUGAAGAAGAAAAAGCUGAUCGACUUAUCUAUGUGACUGAUGCUGGCCAAUAUACUCAUUUUGUUGUGUUAGAAGGAUGUGCAACAAGAGCCGGUAUACUUAAAGAUGGAAAGAAAAUAGAACAUGUUGUAUUUGGAGUUGUUUUAGGAGAAGACAAGAAGAAAUUUAAAACUAGAUCUGGUGAGACUAUUAAGCUCAUAAAACUUUUGGAUGAGGGUUUAAAGAGGUCCCUUGAUAAAUUAAAAGAGAAAGGUCGGGAUUUAGUGCUUACGCCAGAAGAAUUAGAAGCUGCACAGACAGCAAUAGCCUAUGGAUGUAUAAAGUAUGCUGACCUAUGUCAUAACAGGGUCAAUGAUUAUAUAUUUUCAUUUGAUAAGAUGUUAGAGGAUAAGGGUAACACUGCUGUAUAUCUGUUAUAUGCAUUGACACGAAUUCAGUCAAUAGCUCGUAAUGCUCAAGUAUCACACGAAACCUUAAUGGAGGAAGUAAAUAAAUCAGGUAUAAAGUUAAAUCACGAAGCAGAGUGGAAGUUAGGCAAAACAUUACUGAGAUUCCCUGAAGUCAUUUUGAAAGUAUCAAAAGAUCUGUUUCUACACACGCUUUGUGAAUAUCUGUACGAGAUCUCUUGUAUGUUUACAGAAUUUUAUGACAAAUGUUACUGUGUUGAGAGAGAUCCAGCUGGUAAUAUUGUCAAAGUGAAUUAUGAAAGGUUAAUGCUGUGUGAGGCUACAGCAAGAAUUAUGACCAAAUGUUUUGACAUACUUGGCAUCCAAACAGUAUCAAAAAUGUAAUUGACACUAUAUUUUUUCACCUGUCAUUUUCAAUAACUAACUUAUAUAUAAUAUAAUAAAACUAUAUUAUUUUGAUGUAAAA